CUGCCGAGCACACGGACACGGACACGGACACCGCCGCGGUCGUUCUCGUCGCUGUUGUCGUCUUCGUCGGGGCCUCGGGAGGUUACAUGGCGUCUGCCGCUGCCGCUGGGCGCUAGCGAGGAAGAAUGAACCCGCUCUGCGCGCAGUAUUUACGGCAGGCAGAGGCCCUAAAGGCUGACAUGACAGAUUCAAAGCUGGGUCCAGCUGAGGUCUGGACAUCCAGACAAGCUCUGCAGGACCUUUACCAGAAAAUGUUGGUCACAGACUUGGAGUAUGCACUGGAUAAGAAGGUGGAGCAAGACCUUUGGAAUCAUGCCUUCAAAAAUCAAAUUACUACACUACAGGGUCAAGCCAAGAAUCGAGCCAAUCCGAAUCGUAGCGAGGUACAGGCCAACCUUUCACUCUUCUUAGAGGCAGCUAGUGGCUUCUACACACAGUUGUUGCAGGAGCUGUGCACGGUUUUCAACGUGGACCUUCCCUGUCGUGUUAAAUCCUCAGAGCUAGGAAUUAUCAGCAAUAAACAGUGCAGCACCAGUGGCAUUGUGAAGCCCCAACCUAGUUCUUGCUCUUAUAUCUGCCAGCACUGCCUUGUUCACCUCGGAGACAUAGCUCGAUACAGAAAUCAAACCAGCCAGGCUGAGUCUUACUACAGGCAUGCAGCUCAACUUGUUCCAUCCAAUGGUCAGCCGUAUAAUCAGCUGGCAAUCCUGGCUUCCUCUAAAGGUGAUCACCUUACAACAAUCUUCUACUAUUGCAGAAGUAUUGCUGUCAAAUUUCCUUUCCCAGCUGCUUCCACUAAUCUGCAGAAAGCGCUUUCUAAGGCUUUGGAGAGCCGUGACGAUGUGAAGACAAAGUGGAAUGUUUCUGACUUCAUAAAGGCUUUUAUUAAGUUCCAUGGACAUGUCUAUCUGGCUAAAAGUUUAGAGAAGUUGUGUGGACUGAGAGAGAGGCUGGAGGAACAAUUCAAGAAACUUCUUCCGCAGAAGGCUUUCAGUUCUCAGCAGCUUGUACAUCUCACAGUUAUCAUGUUUGAAUUGCACCAUUUGCGGGAUUUUAGCACGGAGGCUGAUGACCAGAGCUAUAGUGAGGAGGAACUACUUUGCUGGACGCAACUCCUUGGCCUCUUCAUGACGUUCCUUGGCGUCAUGUGCAAGUGUGCAUUACAGGAUGAGAAUCUUAAAGAAAUCUUGGGUGAAUGCCCGCUACCAGCUGUUAAAGUUUCAUUGGAUUGGCUGAAACUCAGACCCAAUGUCUUUCAGGAGAGUGCAUUAGAGGAAAGGCAACACAUUUGGCCCUGGGUUGUAUCGUUGCUGAACAGUUUUCAUCCACAAGAAGAUGAGCUGUGUAGCUUUAAUGCCACUCCUCUUCCUGAAGAAUUUGAGCUGCAGGGAUUCCUUGCUCUCAGGCCUUCCCUAAGGAAUCUCGAUUUCACAAGGGGGCACCAAGGAAUUGUAGUGGACAAAGAGGGCCAGCAGCUAAGGACCCGGCACCAGCGAUUGCUUAUUUUUGGAAAAUGGAUAGCAGAAAAUCAUUCCAGACUUAUCCAGAGCAAAAAUGAGGAAGGCAAACUACUGUUCCUAACUAACAUCGCAGAACUGGUUGAGGAUUCUGAGUCCACAGAUGGACUGAUCCUCCUGGAUUCUUCCUUUUCAGAACCCACCACAGAGAUUGGUCAGGGGUUAAAAUCAGUCUUGUCUUCAGGCAAGACUCAGGGCAACAGCUCGGAAAGUGGGGAGAAACUCGUUACUUUCAAAGAGAAUAUUAAACCACGGGAACAGAAUCGGAAUCACCACCAGAAAGAAGGUGUGAAGGAUAGGCGGGACUUUAGCAAAGGAAGUGACAGUGCAAACAAAAUGGAGAUAAAAAGAGACAGCAAUAAGAGAAAGACUGAACCAAAGAAAAACAACAAUCAAGAGAAGAAUAUGGAACAUGUGCGAAAGCAGAAUGUGGCUGUUCAGGUAAAAGCUCAAACGGAUCUGAGAAAAACACCAGUGUCGGAGGCUAGGAAAACUCCAGUGAGUCAGUCACAGACCCAGACCAGCAACUCGCAGUUUAUCCCCAUUCACCAUCCAGGAGCAUUUCCUCCUCUUCCGAGCCGACCAGGGUUUCCUCCACCUCCCUAUCUGGUGUCUCCACCUGUUACUUUCCAGAUGAAUCCUGGUUAUACAUUUCCACCUGGGGUCUCCAUACCAGGACCCUACCUCCAAGCCGCUGGCCACCCUCAGUCAGGAAACCAGGUGCCAGGUGGGAAACAGUCCCAUGUCCCUUACAGCCAGCAGCGGCCAUCGGGGCAAGGGCCACUAAACCAAGGUCCCCAACAGCAACAAGGUCAGCAACAACAGGUGCCCCAGUCCCAGCUCCAGGUGCAGACUGUGAACCAGCAGCAAUCACCCACCAAGCCAGCACAACAGAUGGGAAAGAAUCAGCACCACCUUGGACCUCAGCAGUAUCUGCAGGCUGACCAGACCAACCAGCUGUGGAACCACCAUCACCCGGUCCCCUCUCAACUUCAGAAGACUUCUAUCCAGAUGGCUUUAAAGCAGCCCUAUUACAUCCAUCAGGACCCAUUAAAGCUGUUUGAACAGUCACUUCAGCAAAAUCAAGUGCAAAUGGAAAAGAACAUGAAGGUUUUCCCAAUGGAAUCGUUUACUCAGAGUCCUUCAGAUGUGCAUAAAAUGCAGGAGUUUGCCUGGGACUAUAGCAUGUCAGAUAUGCGGCACAUGAUGGGGGGGCAGCAUAUGAAUAACGAUCGUCUGGUGAAGCGACAGCAAGGCGUCUUCCGAUCUGACCAGGACAGUAUGCCUAGAAUGCAAUCAUUUGAGGAUGCCAAGAGCUCACCUCUGUUGCCUCCUGACCUGUUAAAAAGUAUUGCUGACUUUGAGGAGGAGGAGGAGCUGGCUUUUUCCAAACCCCAUGAUUUCUACCAGGCUUUGGCUGGCUCUCUGGGCAGUGCUUCUGGGAGAGGUUUCUUUAUGCCUAACAGAUCUCGGCUGGACAGGUCCUCGGAGUUGAUUUCUUCCUCCUCUUUAUUGCCCUUGCCUCCUUUUCCACUCAAUCAGGAAAACUGUCAGAAUAACAGCAUUUUCAGUGAGGUUUAUGGCAAGCACCUAGCACCUAGUGGCAAAUCUGAGAAUAUGCCACCACACGCAUUCCACGAGGCCUCCUGUUAUUCGCUGUUUGAUGGAAAUCCUUGGUCUCCAUCCCUUCCUGCCAGUUCAGAUCACUCAACACCAGCAAGCCAGUCUCCUCACUCCUCCAAUCCUAGCAGCCUACCCAGCUCUCCUCCAACUCACAACCAGAACUGUUUCUCUGGUUUUGGACCGAUUGGAACUCCUGACAACAGUGAGAGGAGACUGACUGACCGCUGGAACAUGAAGCGUACAGACAAGCCAGCAAUGAGUGGAUUUGGCUUGGACUAUCUGCCUGCUGCAUCUUCGUCUUCGGACAACAGCUGGCAUCAGGGCAGCACUCCCAGCAACACAUGGGCCGCCCCAGACACCACACUGGACGACUCGUCCACGCUGCUCUUGGACAGUUUCAAGUCGAUCUGGUCCAGUUCGAUGAUGCAUCCUGGACCCUCCGCACUGGAGCAGCUGCUAAUGCAGCAGAAACAGAAGCAGCAGCGAGGAAUCGGCACACUGAACCCACCACACUGAGCGGCACAAUGGCAUGACCGGUGAAUCCAGGUUACACAACUCAAGGCAUGUUGGGUUUGCAUUACAGCCCACGGUCCCCUGCGGGUGGCAGCCCUCUUCUCUGUUCUCUUGCUGUUGAGAGGGCGUAAGCACUCCACCAGUGCUGAGUGUGCACAAAGCUGCUGCUGAGGAAAAACAAACAAAAUAAAAAGAACAUUACAUGCUUCCUGUCACUUCCAGAGGAAGGGCCAUCAUCUGUUUCACUCAGUUAUCUCAACCACUUGAUCUGCUCGUUCGAAAAUCCCUCCUAGGUUCCUGUCCAUUUUGUACAUCACUAUUGCAGUCAGGCAGUGAAAGGGGGAUGAGAUGGGAGAUAACCAGCCAAGUGGGCUGAAGUUAGUGUUACAUUAUAACAGCAAAUCUUAAAAAGAAUCAACUAAUGAAUGCUCUGCUAGAGAGGAAAUGGUUUAAUUUUUUAAUCCUCUAUCAUCUUGGUUGUUGAGAGUGAUCAUUUUGUGCUCUGUUGAGGAACAGGCGUGCUCGUAAUCUAUAAGUGUAGUGACACUGGCCCAUUCAUCAGCUUUCCUCGAACCUAUUACAUAAGGAUGUGCAGAGGCAUUCUGUCAAAGAAUUUAUAUGAAGGCAUCUUUUCAGACAGGCAAGGGUUUUGUGUGUAUGAAACAAAACAGCUUCACAUCACUGCACCUUUAGCUCUAGAUUUUUUUUUUAAAAAAAUAGUUGUUAAUGUCAAUAGCUGCAGUAGGAAUUACAAUAUUAAAUCUUUGUGAUACUGUUCUGUAGCAGUCCUAGCUAAAGCGGGGGUAAGAUGUGCAGCAGAGGGCUCUGCUUCAAACAAAAAAAGGCAGUACUUGCUAGGGAUUUUAAAUUAGUGGUUUUUUGAUUAUAAUAGUAGCUAUAAAUUUUACUAUAGCAUACAAACCUUGAAACUGGUUAAUUUAUCUAUUUAGUUCUAGUUCAGGCUUUUAAUUACUAGGUAAGAACAGCUUCUGUCGGCUUGUUGUGUCGGAUGGUCAUUUUUAAUUCCUGAUUUGGCCAUGUCUUGCAAAAAAAGUGAACGGGUCCAGCAAUGCUGCUGGUUCAGCAAAACGGGGCACAAUGCAGGUGAGUGAGUGAGCGAGUGGGUGGGCGAGUGAGUGGGUGGAUGGGCCACUUGUACUGUGGGUGUGUCUUACUGCGUGUGCCCAUGUGCUGCUCCCAUUAAAACUGGGGGAGGGGGGACUAAAAAGCAUGGGUCAUUCACUGCUCGUCACAAGUAAUAUUCAGGCUGUUGAAUGUAACAAACAUUUGUCCUUUUGAGCUUCGCGGAAAGAUCAGAAUGUAGAGUUUAUAAGGCUCAAUUGGGACUAUGCGUGUUUAAAACCAUCCUCGGGUCAUCCUAAUCUAAAUCUGCUUGUUGAAACUCCUACAGUGGAUUUCUGGUGCAGAAAGAUGCUGGAACUGUGUGGGAAAAGAAUGUUUGUUAUUUUCAGGUGAGGGGGUCACAUUGUGUGUGUCACUGUGAAGUUUGUUUGAAACUAAGGUCACAUGCUGCUUGGCACAUCACUAUGUAUCUCAGACAGGUGCUAGGACAAUUCAAACCAGAGCGGUAAUAACUUGAUGCUUGGAUGGAAAAGUGGGGGAGACUAAAGGAACUAGAAUUUUCCAGUAGAAAAUUGCCGUCUGGUAACUAGACUGCAACGGCCUCUAAGAUGGGAAGCAAUUGUUUAAUGAGAUGACGACCCUCCCUUUUCCCAACCCACCCACUGCAAACCAGCACUCUGCAUCACAAGUACAACUCGACACCCAGCCCAGCCCACAGAAACAUUCCACCGUUCUGCUCUGGUCACACAUCUCUAAAUCUACUCUUGUACUGAAUCGCCUGGCCCCAGGUCUUCCUUCCCACUGAGCCGACAAGUCCUAGAAGGUUAACAAAAGCACCAGAGCAAGUUGUUCACAACCUGCAUGCAUGUACACUGUUCAGAAUAGAUUAUAUUUCUGGGGAACAGGAGCACUGCAAGAAAGAGUACAGGGCCCUCGGGAAAUGGUUUAUGUUCUAAGCUUUUGUGUUCAUGUCCUUUUUGUGUAAGAACUUGUGCAGCAAUUGCUGGAAUCAGCUUUGCCUUCAAUAAAUGAAACCAUGUUCUAA